UUACAACAAUUACCAUAAAAACUUGUGUUUUCCCCCGAAACAAAAAUCCCUCUCAGCUCGAGUCCGAGGAAUGAUUACCGAAAGAGAAAAAGGGGGAAAGAAAAUUAUAGCAUAGUAAGCUGUAGUAUUCAUAAGCUAAAUUAAUUACAUUAGUGUUAUCAAUUUUGCUGUGUGUUCUUCUUCUGUAUCGUAUCACCGUCUCGCGAUUUUCCAUCUCCAUGACUUCGAGGGUUUAGCUGUGUUGUUGAAGCUUCAGAAACGAAACCCUAGCUUGCGAAUCGUUUUUUGUAAGGAAUGGCCUCUUACAGGCCCUUCCCUCCCCAAUCGAGUCAAAUUCCAAACCCGAUCCCAGGUGGGAAUCAUCAGUAUAAUAAUAAUAAUAAUCAAAAUCAAAAUUGGGGUGCUUAUGGAGAUCCCUCUACUUCUUCAUUCCCCCAAAUCCCUCCAAAUUCCAAUUAUCAUCAAAAUCAACAUCAUGUUCCAUAUGCACCAGCACCUUCAAAUCCCCACCACCCUCCUCACUAUCCAUAUCCACCACCACCGCCGCCGCCGCCGCCACCGGAGGCUUCAUACCAGCCGCCGCCGCCACCACCACCACCAGCUCCUAUGUAUUAUCCCUCUAGUAGUCAGUAUAGCAACCAGCCACCUCCACCGCCACCGCCCUUGUCGCCACCACCACCACCUCCCCCGGUUUCGCCUCCUCCUCCUCCCCCGGCAACUCAGAACAACAACGAGGAGCGGCGUUUCAAGGAGCCUUCCAAGUCUGGCCGGCGCGAAUACGAGCAUUCCAAUCACGGCAUUGCUCACAAACAGCACAAGCAGCAGCAGCCUCCCCUUCCGGUGAAGAAGAUGAACAACGGGCCUCCCGGCAGGGCUGAGACCGAUGAAGAGAAGAGGUUGAGGAAGAAAAGGGAAUUUGAGAAGCAGAGGCAGGAGGAAAAGCAUAGGCAGCAGCUGAAGGAGUCCCAGAAUACUGUUCUGCAGAAGACUCACCUGUUGUCAUCUGGGAAGGGGCAUGGCAUGAUUGCAGGGUCUCGAAUGGGUGAAAGGAGAUCUACUCCCUUGUUGGGUGCUGAGAGGGUUGAAAAUAGGUUGAAGAAGCCCACAACGUUUUUGUGUAAGCUCAAAUUUCGAAAUGAACUUCCAGAUCCAAGUGCUCAACCUAAGCUUAUGUCCUUCAAGAAAGAUAAAGAUCAAUAUGCAAAAUAUACAAUCACGUCUCUGGAGAAAAUGUACAAACCCAAGCUUUUUGUGGAGCCAGAUCUAGGGAUACCUCUGGACCUGCUUGAUCUCAGUGUUUAUAAUCCUCCCAGGGUCAGACCACCCCUUGCUCCAGAAGAUGAAGAAUUGUUGCGAGAUGAUGAAGCUGCUACUCCUAUUAAAAAAGAUGGCAUUAAAAGAAAGGAGAGGCCUACUGAUAAAGGUGUAGCAUGGCUUGUAAAAACACAAUAUAUUUCUCCUCUAAGCAUGGAGUCGACAAAGCAGUCUUUAACUGAGAAACAAGCUAAGGAGCUGAGAGAGAUGAAGGGUCGUGGCAUUUUGGACAAUCUCAACAGUAGGGAAAGACAAAUUAGGGAAAUCCAAGCAUCAUUUGAAGCAGCUAAGUCUGAUCCUGUUCAUGCAACCAACAAAGAUUUGUAUCCUGUUGAGGUUAUGCCAUUGCUGCCUGAUUUUGAUAGGUAUGAUGAUCAGUUUGUUGUUGCUGCAUUUGAUAAUGCUCCCACAGCUGAUUCAGAAAUGUAUGCUAAGAUGAACAAAUCUGUUCGUGAUGCCUUUGAAUCAAAGGCAGUUAUGAAAAGUUAUGUUGCAACGGGUUUGGAUCCUGCUAACCCUGAGAAGUUUUUGGCUUAUAUGGCCCCAGCACCAGGAGAGCUGUCAAAGGAUAUAUAUGAUGAAAAUGAAGAUGUCUCGUACUCUUGGAUUCGCGAGUAUCAUUGGGAUGUUCGGGGUGAUGAUGCAGAUGAUCCCACAACAUUCUUAGUUGCAUUCGAUGAGUCAGAAGCACGCUACUUGCCUCUUCCAACUAAACUUGUUUUAAGAAAAAAGAGGGCAAAAGAGGGAAGAUCGGGUGAUGAAGUUGAGCAAUGUCCAGUACCUGCAAGAGUGACUGUAAGGCGAAGGUCUAGUGUUGCUGCGAUUGAGCGGAAGGAUUCUGGGGUAUAUACAAGUUCAAAGGGAAAUUCCUUUAAGAGAGUUGGCUUAGAAAUGGAUGAUGGUCUCGAAGACCAACAUAGAGGUGCACCACACCAGGACAAUUAUCAGUCUAGUGGAGCAGAAGAUUACAUGUCUGAUUGAUUAUUUGAUGCAAAUGCUGCUGUCUUGAAGCAAAUUGAUCCAACGAAAUGGUGGUUGGAUUGGCUGCAAAUAGCUGAAUUUGUUGCAGCCUUUGUGCUUCAAUGCUUCAAUGAAGAAUAACCAAUGACAACUCCCAUAUUUUUGUAUGCCCAUUUUAACUUAAUGCACAUACUUUCAGAUUGUAGCCAGCUGUUAAAUCAAUAUAGAUUUUCUUUCCAAUACCAUUAUAUUAGAAAAGAUUGAAAAAUAAUGAAUUGUAAAAAGCAUGUCAGACUAAAUGGAAUCCUGUCAUUGCUCUGAAUGUUUUUUUUGUGAACAGCUUGCCAAUGAAAUUACCCUUCCCGUUUA